UCUCAUAAGCAGGUAGAGGACAGAAGAGCUGCAGCUGGGAGCCCCGAAGCGACAAAGACAAAGCUGGGAUCACUGACCACGACAAUGUCCAAGUCAUCACUUGUUGCCAUCACGCUUUUGUUGGCAACGCUCUCAUAUUCUGAAUCGUAUGAGUCGUCCGCUACAAGAGGCCCUGACUAUGAGGACUAUUCGACUUCAACCGCAGUCCCUACUCAGACGACGUCACUUCCACCUUUCCAUCCCAGGAUCGAACCAGCAUACGCCUGUGGAGCUGACGUCACAAAAAUGGUGGAGGAGGUGGAGAGGGCUCUGUUAAGAUUGCCAGCGGAAAAGGACCUCUCAGACGAUGCCGACAGAGAGUUCCUGUUACGGAAUGGAGUGUUGGGAAUUUCGAUCCACAACGUAACCAUUGCGGGGUUGGACACUUUUCGUCCAGACAGACCGGUCAUAGACUUUUGCAAGGAUGGGGAACCAGUAGUGAAGUUUAGUUUGGCAUCAAGCUGGGGAGACGUUGUUUUGAGGGCUCACUAUGGUACAUAUCCCGAUGCUUAUGUUGCGCUUGCAGCAAGGAGAUUCCGUGUCGAAGUGGAUUUUGUGGCGGGGUCUUACUGGUACGGCGAGAAGGCUCUGAGGGUUGACAGCAUCAACAUUGUAGAGGCGGAAGGUAUUGAAUUCUGGUCCAACUAUAGAUACAUAGAUUGGUGGGUGGGGCAAACAGUGACCGUGGUCUUGCAUGAUCUCAUUAGGACGUUUUACGCGGACAUGCUACGUACUCAAUUGGAUAUUGAACUUCAGGAAGCCCUCCGUUAGACGAGCAGAAAUUUGUGGAACGUGCUUUGAAAAUUAGUCUCUAUCGCCUGUCCUCUGUCGUACAUCUCAGUGAAUGAUGACGUCAAAUUAUUUGUUGUAAUUCUCGAAUGAAUUUUAAUAAAAUUUUAUAUUUUUGGA